UCCAGUUUUGGUCUGGUUCCCCGUACUCCAAAGGCCUAAACCAGGACUGUUUUUCUGUAUUAACUGACAUGGUAUUUGUUUUGAAAUAUAUCUAAGACAAGGUAAUUAUUCUUACACAAGGCGUUGGCUGCAAUAGGUGUGGUUUACACCAAACUCUCCUUUUAAAGCUACGGAAUUAGCAUGACUUGCUAAUGUUUUUAAGUAGCUCGCUAGCUGUCUUUUUAAAUAUAAAGUUGAAUACUUCAGUUGCAAAUAUUUAGAUGAGCUGAGAACGACCUGCUUGAGUUUAAAUGCUUUGAUAAAUCCUUCAUUUAUGCACACGCCCAUUUGAUCUUGCAAGUUCGUAGUAGUCUGAUUUUCAAUGUGCAUUUGCCUUGUGUUCUGUGUGGUGUUGCAAAGUAUUGAGUCUAUUUCUGCAGACAACUUGCAGAGGCAAGGCAUCCACUGUCCCUGAACUUGUCCGAUUGUUUAUGAGUACACGAUGACCGUACAGUAGCUUGUCAAUUUGUGUUGUUGCAGUGACGAGAACAGCUGGUAGGGUAAGCUUGUCUGUGUGAGAGGUCAAAUUCCUUGCCAACACAAUAAGUACUUUCAUAUGUGUUUGGAAUAAGCAGAUCAAAUCUAAUAGCAGACAUGUCUUUGGUAGCCUAUGGAAGUAGCGAUUCUGACAGCGAUUCAGACGACAAGCCUGUCAGUCGUCCAACAGAAAGCAAAGUUGGAGGGGGACUGUUUGCAACUCUGCCACCACCAAAAAGGGCUCCUCAACAGAGUGGCAGUGGAGGUGCACGCUUGGAGAGUAAAUGUUCUACUAAAGACAAUGCGUCGGAAAAUCCAACGCCAGGUUUUCUCAAGAAACCUCAGGGAAAUGUGGAAACGAAAGGCUCGCUAUUCGAUUUACCCAAACCCAAGAAGCGCACAGAGCCGGUGAAAAUCACCGUCCCAACCCUAAAGACUGCAGACUCAGACUCGGAUGACGAUGAACCUGUGAGAAAGAAGAAGAUUCAGCCACAGGGUACGGGACUAUCUGGUCUGCUCCCUCAACCCAAAAACAUGGUGGUGAAAGAGAUGAACCGUCAGCUAGUCCCACAUACCCUCACCAAGCAGCCAGCGGCCCCACCUGCCUCCAGGACUCAGGCCGCCACCAAGGCUCCCGUCAGAGGCCUGUCCGGCUCCAGCUCCAGCUCCAGCUCCAGCUCCUCUGCCGCCACCACCACCGCCUCCCCCUCAGCAAUCAAGGCAGCGGCCAAGAACGCCGCCAUGCAGCUCGCGCGCCAGAUGGCGGCGGAUGAGGAGGGCAGCGAUGAGGAGCUGGCCCCGGAGAACUACUUCUCCCUGGGGGAGAGUUCCUCACAGCAGCAGCAGCAGCCUGCCCUACCGGUGGCUAAGGACAAUGCACUCGCCCCCCCCUCGGGCCCGGGUGCCAUGCCUCCCCCUCUUCCCCCCGGCACGGAGAACGCCCCUCUGCAGUUUGGGGCGCGCCUGCCGGGGGUGUUGGGCGCUGAGGGUGCAGACUUUGGUGGACAGCAGCAGCAACCACAGCAGGCUGGGUACCAGCAGUACCAGGAUGCAGAAGAGGAUGAGGGAGGAGAGCCGGCCACAGAGGCGUACUAUUCUGGGGGAUACUAUCCAGAGGCAGAGCCGGAGCAGGGAGGAUCAUCCUCAGUUUUCGACGAUGAGGCAUUCCGGCGUCUGCAGGGCAAGAGGAACCAGGGCAAGGAGGAGGUGAAGUUUCUGGAGAUCCGAGGAGAUGACCAGCUGAGUGGCACCCAGAACUGGAUGACCAAGAACAUCUCCGAGGAGAAGGUUGAGCGCAGCUCCUUCAGCAAGAAAAAGGGAGGUCAACCAACAGGACAGCAGAGACGCAAACACCAGAUCACGUAUCUCAUCCACCAGGCCAAGGAACGGGAACUGGAGCUGAAGAACUCGUGGUCAGACAACAAGCUGUCUCGCCGACAGACGCAAGCUAAAUACGGCUUCUAAAGGAUGCUGAGAAGGGCAGCAGGCUGCAAGCAGUUUGCAACUUCCCCUUGUAUAGUUUGAACAGAUCAACUCCCACCAUCCCCACUCCUCCUCCUCCAACUACCUAACACACACACACACACACACACACACACACACACACACACACACACACACACACACACACACACACACACACACACACACACACACACACACACACACACACAGGCAAAAAGUCCACUGAGUGGGACGCUCGUCUAAGCUAACGGAGGCAUGCACUGUUUUAAUGUGAUGAGGAGUCGUUGGGUAGCUCAGUCAGUCCAUUUUGAAUUCCUUUUGAAUUCUUCCCUCCCUCUCCCAUCCCUGUCCCAUCCUGUCCCGUCCUCAAUCUCUUUUGUCUUUGGAACUGUUCUUCUGUGUGUACUUUUGGUGCGUAUAUUUCCCGGGCCAAGUAAAGGGAGCGGUUGUGAAUAAGCAAUGAGGUCAGUGCUCCACUUGGUUUGUGCAUAAAUCAAUCAUCUCAUCAGAGAAGGUGUCGACUGUGAAUUCAUGGCAUAUUUUAAUGACCACAGGCUUUAUUGUUUUCGUUUUCCCCAAGUCCUUGUAAUUGACAUUAAGUUCACCUCUGUAAAUAAGAAGAACAUUAAAAGCCAAGGUACAAUA